AGUGCUCUUCCGGCGUGGUCCGCCCGGCCGAGGCUGUCAGGGGCGGGCCCCCUGGUUCCAAACAUUAGGAUCUGGUGACCAGCGGCGGGCCGGGAACGCGAGGACGGGACGAGGUUGUCCUGUUCCUGAUCAAACGCGACAGGCGUUUCGCAGGACUCCGCGACACAACAGGUGACCACCGCCUGCGGGAACCCGGCCUCGGCGAGACCUGCGGACCGGAGCUUCGAGUUCAUCCGCGGGGAGGAGAUUGGCGGCCGAGGGUGCCGCUUCUCUUUUAAUCCUGUCCCCGUUUGGUCCUGGGUCGAGCGCAGCUCGCUUCCAGCCCCGAGAAGUGAUUAAAAUGGCUUCCAGAGGAAAGACAGAGACAAGCAAAUUAAAGCAGAAUUUAGAAGAACAGUUAGAUAGACUAAUGCAGCAGUUACAAGAUCUGGAAGAGUGCAGAGAGGAGCUUGACGCUGAUGAGUAUGAAGAAACUAAAAAGGAGACUUUGGAGCAGCUGAGUGAAUUCAACGAUUCCCUGAAGAAAAUUAUGUCGGGAAACAUGACUUUGGUGGAUGAACUCAGUGGGAUGCAGCUGGCUAUUCAGGCAGCUAUCAGCCAGGCCUUUAAAACACCUGAAGUCAUCAGAUUGUUUGCAAAGAAACAACCAGGUCAACUUCGGACAAGGUUAGCAGAGAUGGAUAGAGAUCUGAUGGUGGGGAAGCUGGAACGGGACCUGUAUACCCAGCAGAAGGUGGAGAUACUAACCGCUCUCAGGAAGCUUGGAGAGAAGCUGACAGAAGAUGAUGAGGCCUUCCUGUCAGCCAAUGCAGGUGCUGCACUCAGCCAGUUUGAGAAAGUCUCCACAGACCUUGGCUCUGGAGAUAAGGUCCUUGCUCUGGCGGGCUUUGAGGUUGAAAAAGCCAAGAAAUGACAGUAUGGCGCUUGGCGCCACCAGCCCCUCCUAACCGCACACGGUGCUUUCAUCCUGAGGACUUGGAGGCAUUGCAAAGACACAGAGGUUCUCAGAAUGCCCAAGAACAGGUGACAUGAAAACAGUGGCUUCUGCUUGGGCCUUUCAUCCCAGGAGGUCCUUGUCCUUCUCUCUGUGGGGCUCCCUUAACUGACACUGGGCUUGUUGGGAUGGGGACCUGCUGGACUCAUUCUGUGGUUUGUUCUGUUAAGACGCCUUAUGUCUUAGUGCUGGUCAGAGUGAAAGCGGUGAGCUGGUGA